GGGCAUUAAUGCCACACCAAGGAGAAUCGACUCUCAUUCGCCAAGAAUAAGGGACUAGGGAGAAGGAGGGGACGAGAGUGUCCACUUGUUACAACCACACUGCUGCCGACUAAGCUGGUCCACAAUGGCUUUUAGGAUGGACACCAUUGCCUUAUUUAUUGCAAUUUGCCUGGCAUUGCCAACUCCCACACCAGCAAAAAAAGGGAAAUGUGCUGCGAAAUAUAUACCUAACGGUGUUUUCCCAACGACAAUAUGGGGAGAAAAAGAUAAAAAGUGGGGAACUACCUUACAUGUCCAGCCUGUAUGUGACACAGGAUUUGAACCCUCUAAUAUCCCUAGGUGUAGCAUCGACGGCAGUUGGCUAAUGAGACGGGAAAUUGAAUAUUGUACUCCUAAGGACAUCAACUGUCCAGUGCCACGUAUUGAUAAUGGAGGAAGCAGAGAAACCUCUGUUCGCUUCCCCGGAACUGCUCUCUAUUCAUGCUCUGCUGCGGACGGUUACAUACUUGUGGGCGAAGCAAAGCCAUGGUGCACUGCUCAAGGCACCCUCAGUGCAUUGCCACAGUGUAAAUUUGUAUCUUGCCCACUGCCAUCUAUUGAGAAUGGAAGAAAGCAACGCGAUACUAUCGGGUACUCGCAAACUGCGCAGUAUUCAUGCAUUCCGGGUUAUCGACUUGUGGGUAACCGACCAACUUGCAGCAAAGGAGGCACCCUCGGUCCAGUACCACGCUGCGUCCUUGUCGUUUGCGCAGUGACUGCACUUAACCAUGGUUCGUCAACAACCCAGUCUGUUCAGUUCCCCGGAGCCGCACAAUAUAACUGCACAGCUGGUUAUUUACUGCAGGGUGAUGCACGGCCAAAAUGCACUACCGCAGGCACCCUCAGCUCACUUCCCAAAUGCCGACCUAUAAAUUGCUCCGUACCUGAUAUUGCCAACGGUAUUGCCAAAUUCACUUCAAUCAGAUAUCCCCAAACUACUAGAUAUCAUUGCAAUCGUGGCUUUUCGAUGCUUGGGGAUCGAAAGCCGAGGUGCACCUCUCAUGGAAAUCUGACUUCGUUACCGCGGUGUAUACGUAAAAACGCUACUGGGCUCACUGGUAAACACUUUUGCCCGCCAGCUGGUUCUUUGCUAAGGAUAUCAAUUGGAAAGUAUGACUAUUCGAGCGCUGUGGAACUGUGUGCCAGGAAUAACGGUACUCUGCUGAGCAAGAGGGCACAUGAGGGUGGUUGCGCACAGCCGCUUCUCAGAGAUCUUCCAGCUUGGUUAUCUGACGAUAUGUCUCCGACCAAGAAAAUAACCACUGAAGGAUCCUUAUUGGCCACGAGAAAAAUAGCUGUCAUCUGUGAACGCAGUCUGGGCAGGGGUAUGAAUUUUCAAUGCAAAAAUUUCAACAUCAGGAUAUAUGUUCAGCUAGAAACAUUUGAAAAAGCUAGUCGCAUCUGCGCAGGUAAAAGGUUGAAGCUGAUGGUCGACCGCUGGCAAAGUAAUAAGCUCAUGAGAUGCUACCUGCCUGCACUUCGCAAUGAAGGUGUGCGUUUAACCUGGAUUAGACAAGCCGGAGAGCCUCACACUUUAAAGACCCUAUAUGAUAUUGAAACUGGAGCUAAGACAAUUUCACCAUUGGGACUGGAGACAGCGGCCUUCAUUUGUGCCAAAAAAAUAAAGAGCAAGAACUGACGUGGGGGGACACAGCCAGCUUGAUGUAGAACGCGAUCCAGAUAUGACCUAUGCACUAGUGACGUGGGGAGAACAAUUUGUUGUAUACAUGUGCAUGUGUGUGCGUGUGUGUUUGUGUGUGUGUUUGUGUGUUUGUGUGUGUGUGUUCAUGUGUGUGUGUGUGUGUUUGUGUGUGUGCGUGUGUGUGUAUGUGUGUGUGUGUGUUUGUGUGUGUGUGUGCGUGUGUUUGUGUGUACGUGUGUAUGUGUGUGUAUGUGAGCAUGUGUGAAUGUGUAUGUGUGUGUGUGUGUGUUAAUGUGUGUAUGUGUAUAGUAUGUGUGUAUGUGCGUUUUGGGCAUGUGGUUGUGUUUGUGUAUGUGUGUGUGUUUGUGUGUGUAUGUGUGUGUGUACGUGUGUGUGUGUACGUGUGUGUGUGCGUGCGUGUGUGUGUGCGUGAGCAUGACUAUGUUGGUGCCCAUUCAUGAACAAAUUAUCACUACUUCUUUAUCUCGCUGGCACUCUUAUGGCAUCCUUCGGCUUCUUUUCCUGCAGCUGAUCGUUCGUUUUCUACAAAUUCGUAACAUGCAUGAUUCGUGCAUUCGCUUUCCUACAUACAUGCAUAUACAUUCAUGCCAACACAUGUGUUAUCAAUGGAAAUUUGGCAGAUGCUAGGUCUCAGUGUGUCCCUAAAGUGAUGGUCAUUGUUCACUGCUGCCAUUGUGACAGAGCAAGCCAUUGUUACCGCGCAUUUAUGCCCGCAUUGCCAUGUUGUAUAAUCUUGUAUGAUUUUCAUGGAACGGCAUUGCUUUGUUGAUAAG